AUGUCUAUCUUUGGAGGAAACGCCAACAACGCCACGGGCGUUAACAACAUCCCUGCGCCGGCGAGCGACGACGACAAGAACGUCCCCCCACCUGACGCCGCGACGCGCAUUGCGGAUUUCGUUCGGGAGGACCCCAUUGCCCUUUAUACCUUUGACUCGCGUGUAAUCCGUGACGAGGCUGGCUGGCAGUCCAAGGAUAACAUCACGGAGCUUUGCCGUCGGCGACGGGACGGGAGCCAGAGCUGUGUGAAGGUCGCGGCCGAGAGCAAGGCUCUCUUCAAGAUGAUGCAGACGCUCGGAUUCUACUGCGCGCUCCCCGCUCUGCCCACUGAAACGCACAUGGAGUGUCGCAUGAUUCCCCGCUCGUCGUAG